GAGCGAGUGAGCAUCAAACAGGAAGCAGCCGCUCGGCCGACUCGAACGGGAGCAAGAUGAAGUGGUUUCUAUCUUUCGCUUUAGCUCUCAAGUGUCUCAGCGACACGACCGAGGCUGAGGAAGUGAUCCUCAUGGAACCCUUUGAUCCUACGAAGGCUGGUGGUCUGUGGUACAUCUAUUCGAGGAACCAGAACCUCUUGGAGAAGACCAACGGCGCGAAGUGUCUCAUAGCAGACAUCGAACACGACGCGGGUGGCAUGGAUCUCUACAAGGUUGAAGCCAAGUGGACAGAUCCCUCACUCGGCGACAUGGAUAUCACCCUUCACGUCGUGGACGACAAGGUCCAUCCAGCGCAGUAUUUCUUCCUACAUGACGAGCACCGCAUCGCGCUCUCCAUACUGGGAACAGACUACGACAACUACUUGGUGGGCCACGGAAUGCUCGGAUUGAAAGCCACCUACUUCACCGCCUUCCGCAAACUACCGGCCGACCCAGCUGUUAUGGCUGCAGCGGAUAAAAUUCUCCAGAAGAACAAAGUUACCAGGGACUUUCAGAUAAUCGAUCAUUCGUCCUGCUGAAACAGCUGAGAGAUAUGCUUGGAACAGUCUUCCGUCAUUC